CUUUCACGGCGCGAGGCCCUCGGACGCCAGUGUCGGCUCCCCCCUGCACCCUCCGCCUAUCUGCCCAGCCCCACCGCUCGGCCUGCGGUUCUAGGAAGACGGCGCUUCCGGGAAGGGCUGGGACACCAAGGACAAAAGAUUAGGAGGCGGCUCGCCCCGCCCCGCCCCGCCGCACGACCCGCCCCGAAGCCCUCCCUGGACGUCUGCUCCCGGCCGCUCAGUCCCCUGCCCGCCGCCGUCAACCCCGGAGCUGCCCGGCCGACUCCCGCCCGCGCUACCGUCCCGCGAAGCCGCCACCCCGAGCCGCUGCUCCGCCACUGCCGCCGGGAUAUGGUCCUCUGCGUUGAGGGACCUUGUCCUUUGCUGACUGUGGAGCAGAUUGGGCAGCGGCCUCUUUGGACCCAGUCCCUGGAGCUGCCCGAGCUAGCCAUGCAACCCUUACCUGCUGGGGCCUUUCUAGAGGAGGUGGCAGAGGAGACCACAGCCCAGCCAGAGAGUGAACCAAAGGUGCUGGACCCCGAGGAAGAUCUGAUGUGCAUAGCCAAGACCUUCUCCUACCUUCGUGAAUCUGGAUGGUAUUGGGGUUCCAUUACGGCCAGUGAGGCCCGGCAACACCUGCAGAAGAUGCCAGAGGGCACGUUCCUAGUAAGAGACAGCACCCACCCCAGUUACUUGUUCACGCUGUCGGUCAAAACCACCCGUGGCCCCACCAAUGUGCGCAUUGAGUAUGCUGACUCCAGCUUCCGCCUGGACUCCAACUGUUUGUCCCGGCCCCGCAUCCUGGCCUUUCCAGACGUCGUCAGCCUUGUGCAGCACUAUGUGGCCUCAUGUGCUGCUGACACAAGAAGCGACAGCCCUGAUCCUGCUCCUAGCCCAGCCCUGCCUGUCCCUAAAGAUGCACCUGGUGACUCCGUGCCGCCCACCCCUGUGACCACGGCUGUGCACCUAAAACUGGUGCAGCCCUUUGUGCACAGAAGCAGUGCCCGCAGUCUGCAGCACCUCUGCCGCCUCGUCAUCAACCGUCUGGUGACCGACGUGGACUGCCUACCCCUGCCCCGGCGCAUGGCCGACUACCUCCGACAGUACCCCUUCCGACUCUGACUAAACCUGCACCUGCCCAGCCACACACUGCAGGGGAUACCUCCAUCUGGUCUCAAGCUCCUGCUGUCCCUCCUCCAGUCCUCCUGGUGCCUGCAUGCACUUGGCAGCUAAACCAAGAAGAGCCAGCAAGAGCAAGAUGGGGACAGGGCUGGGGGGAGCUGUCACACAACUUGGAGGCCAGUAUUCCCAGGCCCCAUGCGGCUCCAUUGUGGUGAGCCUUGUAUCAGAGGAGAGAGGCAGGCAGGACCUGUCUCACCCUGUGGACUGGGUCUAGGCCUCUGCACACUGGCCUGUCCCAGCCAACUGAACUGUGUAGACUUGCCCAGUCCUGGUUUCUCAGCCUGCAGGCUGGGGCAGGCCCCUACCUACCUCCAGUCUCUGGUUCUGGGAGGGUGAUAGCAAUGAAAAUCUUGCAGGAAAGCGGGCCAGGUUGGGGCUGUACAGUUCAAGAAUAUUUAUUUAUUUAUUUUCCAUGAGGUUGGCCUCAGGGUUGGGCCACCCUACCUCUCUGCCCCGAGCCCUAGGUGGUCCAGAGACCCCACCUCUAUGCCAGCUUCCUAGCUCUUCCUGCCAACAACCCCUUCCUGGGAUGUGCCCUAAGUGGCCUGGCGCUGACUCACCUGUGAAUUGCCCUCACCCCCCUGCCCCAGCCCCAUGUUGGGAGGGUGGAAGCACAGGAAAUGAAGCCAGAGCCCCAUCUGCACAGAGCUGGUCUCCUGUGGCACGGGCCAUGUGCAGUAUGUGGGUUGAUUCAGGAAAGGGGUGCCAGUUGGAGGGCUGCACUGCUGAGCCUAUCAUGCCCAGGAAGUUGCCUGCAUGGGAGAAGAGAGAGAGAGAUACAUAUCUAAUAAGACUUUAUAAAAUAAUGAUCAUAACAAAAACAGAAUUUGGUGAUCUUUUUUCUUCCACUGUUUUUUUGGUAAUGAUAAUAAAAUUGUACCUUUCAUUUA